GUUUGUCAAGUCGCAGCGCAGGACCGAGUCUCGAACAAAUGGCGGGCAAGUGGGUGAAAACGACGGUGUGAGCUUGCUUUGCCUUAGCAGGGCCUCGAAGACAGUCCCAGUCAAGGUCCCGCCCUUCUCGGGGUGGCGUUCGAGGGAAAAGGGAAGGGUAUGACUGUCCAGUUCAUCCAGAACAAUGCGUUGAGACAGCCUCCCUCAGCAUUCACCAAGAUCGACAAAGCGACGUCACGCACGUAUCGACGAGUACACAUCUGCGGCAACCAUGUAAUCGCACCCGGCGAUAACUUUCGGCGCCGUCCGUCGUGGCGUUCGGCUUCCACGGUCAUUGUUCCGUAAAUGACUUGUUCUCGGGCACAUCAAAGUCCCUUGCGGGAAUCCAACACCACGUUCUUCGGCUGAAGUCGCGGUGGAUGAUGUGAACCCAAUUUAAAUAGGCCAAUGCUCUCGCCACGUUGGCCACAACCUUGAUUUCGUCGAUCCGAAAUGGGGUUGGUACGUUGCAAGAACGACGCCGGAUCGCACUGGUCUAUGAUUUCUGCGAUGCCCUGGAUAUCGCUCAGCGACGACCACGCAACCCCGCGCAACUGGCCAAUGUGCGAGCAAGUCAGCCGCCCAAGGAGCUGGAGUUCCUCGACAAAUAACAUUUGCGUUUGGACACCACUUUGACGGUGUGGCAACAGUUUCUGAUCGCAACGGACUCGUUGGCAUAAACACCGAGCCAAACUUCGCCCCACGCGCCUUUCGCCAGCAAGAUCUUGUACCCGAUGUCCCUCUGGUCGAUAUUCCACAGAGUCAGCACCGCCAAGGACCCUCCGGCAGCCCACCGCUCACCGAGUUCCAGCAACCGUGUCGAACCUGUAAGCGUGCGGCAACCCGACAUGGACCGUCGACGUUGUUGUGGUUGCUGCGCUGCUGUUCCCUUGUUUUCGCUCGCUGGUGUUGUUGUAAUCGGAAUAUCCGUGGAACGAUGGGGUUGUUGCCGUCUCGGGAGCGGCCGAAGUGCUGUUGUCGUCAUUAUAGCUGUUGCGUUGGCGGCUCCAGACCCCCAUCCGCCAUCGCCAACCUCACCAAGAGCGUCGGAUGCAGGCGUCGGCGUUGUUGCCGUUACUAGUGGAAGGGUGAUCGUAUCUACGACAUCACGACCUCAUGUCAAUGGCGAACGGGUGAAAGGAAAACGUCACCUGUGACACUAACCGAGAUGUUGGCUCAGCAGCAAUGCCUGGGAGUCCUGGACAGCAGUGCACGAUAUCGCGUGGAAUGACUCGAUUGCGACGAGAAUCCCUGUCUCGAUGGUGUGGUGGCUCAGACCGAGUGCAUUCAACGAUAUUUGAACGACCGUUUGGACAUUUGACACGUCGAGAUCGUGCAUCCGCCGCACUUGUUACAAGAGCGCAUGAAACGAUGAGGUCGUCGACAGCUCCAAGCAGCCAACGCGCGACAACGUACAAUGCAGUCAUGUUGGAGUUGAAUGGGACGCUGACGACGCUCGUGGUCGUGGUCGGGUUCCCGCUGAGCAAGCAACAAUGGCCACGACGAGAUAUUAUCAUCAGCGCGCUUGGCGGUGUCCUUGCGAGUAACGCUUCGCUUGAAUGAGGCGGGGUCCGUCGGAGUCCGCACUGCUUUUUACGAGCCCUUGUUACGACAGAAGACUGUGUGCGUGGCGAACAGUAGCCGCCGCCGUUGACGUCGAUGUUGCUGGCAGUGAGGACAUCAACGUUGCCGACGUCUUCUUGGGACCCGUAUGGGCAUGUGAUACGGUUGCGGCCAUGAUUCACACAAGUACAAGGAUGUUCAUGACGGUACUGCGCUUCCCGUCAAAGCUUUGGACAGGAGAAUGUGGCGUUGGUGUCGCAGAGGUGGGCAAUUUGAUCAGAAACACAAUUUUGACGAGGAUAGACAUGCCGUAAACUCCACGCCGUCUCGCCCAACAGCCACAUCCUGCAAUCAACCCACACUACCCCACGACUACAAGCGGUUGCCGUGUCGAUGGACGCCGCGCCGUUACUACUGAACCGCGAGAUGAACGUGGAAGCGUCAUGAUUGCUGUCACCCG